AUGGACAACACUGUCGGUGGAACAAUCUCCUAUCGUCAGGUCACCAGUGGUGGACUCUUACUAGCAGCCACAAACAACAUAAACCAGUAUUUUCCUAAUCUGAACUUCACUGCAUCAUGGCUGUUCAUUGCCACUUGGGAUAAAGUACCAUACUUUGCCAGCUCACAGUCGGAGGCAACUUUUCAAGUGGUUUUGGUGUCUGGCAAAAACAUGUCAUUUACACUCAUGCAUUAUGGUCAUAUCACUCCGACCCCAUAUCGUUUUAUGUCCGGCUAUGACACAAGUGAUUCAACUGAUUUCUUUUUAAUUCCUGUCUCUGACAUCACAAAACUGUCAAACACAAGCAAUGUCAAUGUCACGGGUCGAUGGAUGGUCUCCGACCCAUCUUAG